AUGCCCACAUUCCCUUUACACUGGUCUGUUUGCUUGACAAUUUAUGGACGUCUUGACAAAGUGAACCGGCAUAUAUAUUUUACAGAUAUCAACGAGUGCGCCAGCAAUCCUUGUUUAAAUGGAGGAUCAUGUAUAGACCAGGUUAACGGAUAUGUUUGUAGCUGUCUGGCGGGAUAUGCAGGGACUAACUGUGAAACAGAUAUCAACGAAUGCGCCAGUAAUCCUUGUUUAAACGGAGAAGCGUGUACAGACCGGGUUAAUGGAUAUGUUUGUGGCUGUGUGGCAGGAUAUGAAGGAGAUAACUGCCAAACUAGUGAUUGGAACAUGUUACUUUGCCGUAGACUCUUCCAUGAUUGUAGAAUGUUGGGAAGCAGGGAUGGGACGGAGACUGAAGUUCUUUAUGUUCUUAACUGUGCACAAAAACAUUUUCACACAGAUACCAACGAAUGCGCCAGUAAUCCUUGUUUAAACGGAGGAUCGUGUACAGACCAGGUUAAUGGAUAUGUUUGUAGCUGUCAAGCUGGCUACACGGGCAUACACUGCCAAACCGGUAAACAUUCUUGUGAGCUGCUGAAUACGGACAAGUUUCUCAACUCGGAUGAUUUACUUUACCAUGCUGGCUUUGAUCACUAUAAUAUUAAGACACCUUGCAUGAACAACCCAUGUCAACAUGGAACUUCUUUCUGUCGACCGAUUUACAAUCGAGAUGACUAUCAGUGUGUUUGCAAAGCAGGUUUUACCGGAAAGUACUGCGGAAUGGAUGCGAGGCGAAGCGAAGAUCUUAACGUAGAUAUCAACGAAUGCGCCAGUAAUCCUUGUUUAAACGGAGGAGCGUGUACAGACCAGGUUAAUGGAUAUGUUUGUGGCUGUGUGGCAGGAUAUGAAGGAGAUAACUGCCAAACUAAUACCAACGAAUGCGCCAGUAAUCCUUGUUUAAACGGAGGAUCGUGUACAGACCAGGUUAACGGAUAUGUUUGUAGCUGUCAAGCUGGCUACACAGGCAUACAGUGCCAAACUGAUACCAACGAAUGCGCCAGUAAUCCUUGUUUAAACGGAGGGUUCUGCACAGACCAGGUUAAUGGAUAUGUUUGUAGCUGCCAAGCUGGCUACACAGGCAUACAUUGCCAAACCGAAAUUUGCUCUGUAGCGCCUCAAAAUCGCCAAAACUGUGGAUGGGGAGGGAUCAGUCGACAAGUAUGUGAAGACAGAGGAUGUUGCUUUGACUCAAGCAUUUCCGGCGUCAUUUGGUGUUUUUAUGGAAACUCUUAAAGGUUUGCAUCCUCCAUUGAUCAAAUUACUACACAAGAUCACAGGCAACCUACAUCAACCAAGGGACAAGAUGAGAGAUCCACAGGGACAACUUCUUCCUAAGAACAAUGACAGAAUACAACAGCUUGCCAUCCGACAUACCUCAGUUUAAACCACAGAACCCUUUCAGACUGGCCCUGCGGGCACAUUUUAAAAUUUAAAAUGUUAGUUAUUUUUGUUCGCAUUUUUUUUUUUUUGUAAGAGCGCUAUGCACAGCACAGUAUUACUUUGCAUUAUAUUAACUUGAUCACAUACACCUGCACCAGCACUUCAUGUCGGGAUGGGCAAACUUUACCAUGUAAAAAUGUAAUUGUAAAUUUUGCAAACUUAUUGUAAUGUUUGCCUUUAAAAACAGAAGUGAGUUUUUAGCAAAACGACUAAUUCCAUAGUACGCAAAGGUUAACUCGUGUCAAUCAUCAUUCCUUAGAAAUAUCACGAGUUGGCUCAUAGAGCACUUUGAUUUACCUCAAAUAAGCUAGUGCUUUCGGCUCAAAAAUGAUAGGUAUUAGUGAGAAUUUAAAGAAGAAUUUUAAUAAUAAUAAUAAUAAUAAUAAUAGUUUUUGUAGUUGACAUUAUUUGUGCUUAAUACGAUGUUUAGACUACUUAUAAAGCAAGUUUUUUAUUAGGCUAAUUUUUUUGUCACAUUUUCUAGAAGCUGAGCCAUUAAUUUGUUUUUCAUCUUACGUCAUUUAUAACAAAGGAUUAAUACAGCUUUCUUAUUAUAGCUCGUAGCUUAAUAAUUUUUUUCAAUAUUUUAUUGUUUUGUAACUAUUCGUUGAUAUUUGUAAGUGAAAUUAUUAUUAUUCAGAAAAUAAUAAUAAUUAUUGAAAAUAUUUUUACAGGGUAACAACUUCAGUUAUAAAACUGAUAUCGAUGUGGGCCCUGUCAAAUAAAACAAAGAUGAAGUGAAUAUUUCAAAACUAUUAAAAUGGGAAAUUUAAAAAUGCGUCAAACUCUAAAACUAAGAGUAAAAAAUAAUUCACCCUUGUAAUAAAACGAACGAUCGAUAAAAAGAUUCGUGCCACUACUUCUAAUAAAAUAAGAGAGUAUGUCAAUACGUCUUGUAUUAAAAUAGUUUUUAAAUAAAUCCGGGACGUGUUCCUUGUCCUUGAGGCACUUAUUGAAAAGUUCUUUUAUAUGCU